UUGGACCAAACUCUGCAACAUGACCAGGAAACUACAAAACCCAGCUGUGGAAGAUGGAAAGAGUAGAAAAAGGGUUCUGAAACCCGUUGUGGAAAAGAAGAGAAGAGAUCGAAUAAAUCAGAGUCUGGCUGAACUAAGGAGUUUGCUGUUGAAUCAUACAUCUGAUCCACGGCUGCAGAACCCUAAAAUAGAGAAAGCAGAGAUUCUUGACUUGGCUGUGGAAUAUCUUAAGACGUGGACAGAUGGGAAGAACAUAAGAAAGGACUCCAGUGGUCCUACUCUCUUCAGCAUAGAGAGUGCAGGGUUUCAGCAGUGUGUGGCCCAUCUGACCAGCUACAUGCACAAAAUAACACCGACACAGAGAACGAGCCUGAUCGAGGGCCUGAAACACCACACAGAGAGCCGGCAGCCAAACAGCAUUAAACCAGACUUCACCCAGAGAGUGCCUGAGACUGAGGCGGCCAGAGGACCUGAUGGAAUAUCUCUGGAUGCCAUUUGCACAUCUGAGAGAAAAGAAGAGCCUCCAAAGUUUCCAUCUCACUCCCCAUUUCAGCCACAGUCUUGCUCCACACCUUGCCACGACUAUCUGUCCCCUCCUCCCUCUCCUUGGCUGUCUCCUUCCUUCUCCACAUACACCACCUCUCCUCCUUUCCCGUCAUUUGCCUCUCACUUCUCCUUCCCCCCCAGCCUGUCACCUCUGUCCUCCAACACCUCCUUCUUUAGUUUCUCGCCCGCAGCCCCUCACUCGGGCCCUGUUGUCCUACACUGCCCCCCUCUCAUCUCACUGAGAUCUCCUCCGCACCCUGCACCGAGGGAGGGGUCACCACCAAACUCUUCUUCAGCCAUGUGGAGACCUUGGUUUUGA